AUGUCCAAUUCAUGGGCCCAUACUGUUAAAGCCCAGCCCCGGCCAGAAGAGAACACCACCCAUAGCCACCCCAAAAAUCAGCCUCGGCCAGAGGAUCCCACCCGUGGCCAUCCCAAAAAUCAGUCUCGGCCAGAGGAGCCCACCCGUGGCCACCCCAAAAAUCAGCGCCGGCCAGAGGAGCCUACCACCCGUGGCCACACCCAGCCCUGGCCAGAGGAGCCCACCACCCGUGGCCAUCCUAAAAAUCAGCCUCGGCCAGAGGAGCCCACCCGUGGCCACCCCAAAAAUCAGCCUCGGCCGGUGGAACCCACCUUCGGCCACCUUGAGUCUCAUCCCAAACUUGAGGAGCCCACCUCUGCCCACCCUGAGCCUCAGCCCCAGCAAGUGGAGCCCAGCCCUGGCCUUUCCAAGCCCCAGACAGUGGAGUCCACCUUUGGCCUCCCCGAGCAUCAGCCUCAGCUUGAAGAGCCCACGUCUGGACAACCCGAGCCUCAGACAGAGGUGCCCACCUCUGGCUUCCCCGAGCCUCAGUCCCAGCUGGAGGAGUCCCCCUCUGGCUUCCCCGAGCCUCAGUCCCAGCUGGAGGAGUCCCCCUCUGGCUUCCCCGAGCCUCAGUCCCAGCUGGAGGAGUCCCCCUCUGGCUUCCCCGAGCCUCAGUCCCAGCUGGAGGAGUCCCCCUCUGGCUUCCCCGAGCCUCAGUCCCAGCUGGAGGAGUCCCCCUCUGGCUUCCCUGAGCCUCAGUCCCAGCUGGAGGAGUCCCCCUCUGGCCUUCUUGAGGCUCAGUCCCAGCUGGAGAAGUUCAUCUCUGGCUACCCUGAGUCCAAUCUUCAGCCAAAUGAGCCCGGCUCUCACCAGCACAAGCACCAGUCAAAAGCACAAGAAUCUAGCCAUUUGCCUUUUAUCACCUGCAUGUUUAAACCAAAAUGUGCUUUUGCUCUCAAGUCACUUCUUAGUUCUCUUCAUCACUAAAUUUGCUGUUUUUAUGUCCUUGUGGCUUUUA